UGGGCCUGGGGGCAGGAGGAGAAGGGAAGGAGAAGCAGGGUUGAGGAACAAAAUGGUCAAAUGAUGCACAUGGGAGGAGAAAGUGGGAUUGUGCAGGAGAAGGAGGAAUAGUAGGAAGAAGAGGAGUGUGAGGGAGAGUAGGGACAUGGGAGGAGGAGGAGCAGGAAGAGUACACAGCACAAGGUUCCAUCCCUCCCUGUAUCUGCAGCCCUCUGAGCAUUACCCCCCCCCACAUGCAGCAGCUGUCUGGGGAGGGGGAUCCAUGAUUUUCACGGGGCUGAAUCUUGGUGUUUCUGACCUUUAUUGGGCUAAAUGUUGGUGCUUUGGUGUUGGAGGUAAAUUUCUCACAAAUGGGACAGGACUGAUGGGUGACAUGUCAUGAGCUUUUAUUUUGGGAACCAGUCUCAGGUACAGAUACAGGAGAUGGCACAAGCUCACGUCUACCACAAGCAGCUCCAAAAUCUCUUUGUUUCAGAACAUUUUAUAAGUUUUUCAGCCAAUAGCAUAUUGAUAAAUCUUACAGACAGUUGUUCUAUCUAAUCACUAGAAACACACGUACAUCUUCCUCAAACAAUGCUUGCAUGUUUGCUUUCUAUUAACAAUACACAAUACUCUGUUAUUAAACUUAAAACUUUCUACUGUCUUGGUAAGCAUAUUUUUCUUCAAUCUUAAGGUCUGUCUUGGCCAAGCCUAGAAACUCAGCUAUUAUUUCAUGUCCUUGCAUGUUUUAUUAUUGUAUCUUUACUUUCAGACCUUGCAGCUGCAGCUAGCUCAAAGUCUAAGUUCUCUGCUUUUUCUUUUGAGGCCUAUUUUCAUGGCAUCUAAAAGUUUUCUUAACUUCACUGUUUCCCACACUUUGGUUUUUUGCAGGGGCUAAAUCUUUUUUUUUGGAUGGGGUUUUGGCUGAAUCCUGAUCUUUGGGGAGUUUUUGAUCUGUGUCUUUAUAUUUGGAGGAUUUUGGGGCUGAAUCUUUAUGUUUUGGAGGUUCUUACGGACACAAGAUGCCCAAUGACUUCCUGAGAUGAACUUGGGAAAGGAGCAGCCCCCAGGCAAACAUGCUCUCCUUUUGUUUUUCCCCAAAACCAGGAUUUGUCAUUCCCAAGGCAUUUCUAGAUGGAGGAGGAGGAAAAGAGAUCCCAAAUGAGAAGGGGCUGCAAACCCAACCCAGGAAGCUGCAGGGUGGAAAGACUCCCUCUCUGCCGUGAAGGUGGCCAGCAGUCCAGACGGAGCUCAGAGCUGGUGGAGAAACCUCAUGGCGAGGAGAAGCCCCACAAGUGCUUGGAAUGUGGGAAGGGCUUCAGCUGCAGCUCCGACCUGAUUAGGCACCAGGUGAUCCACACUGGGGAAAAGCCCUACAAGUGUGGGGAAUGUGGGAAGAGCUUCAGCCACAGCUCCAACCUGAUCCGGCACCAGAGUAUCCACACUGGGGAAAAGCCCUAUGAAUGUGGGGAAUGUGGGAAGAGCUUCAGCCAGCGCUCCCACCUGAUGCAACACCAGAGGAUCCACACUGGGGAAAAGCCCUACGAUUGUGGGGAAUGUGGGAAGAGCUUCAGGAACAUCUCUGGUCUGAUUGAACACCGGGUGAUUCACACAGGGGAACAGCCCUAUACCUGCUUGGAAUGUGGAAAGAGCUUUGGGCGGUUGUCCAACCUGAGAAACCACCAGCGCAUCCACACUGGGAAGAGGCCCUACGAGUGUCCCCAGUGUGGGAAGAGGUUUCAGACCAGCUGCAAUCUGCUCCUACAUGAGCGGAUUCACACAGACGAGAGGCCCUUCCGCUGCCCCGACUGCGGGAGGAGCUUCAACCGCAACUCCCACCUCACUGUCCACCGGCGCAUCCACAGUGGGGAGAGGCCCUACGAGUGUCCCCAGUGUGGGAAGAGCUUCUCACAGAGCUCAACCUUGACCCAGCACCAACGAAGGCACCAGUAAGGGAGGCCCUGUGAGUGCCCCGAGUGUGGGAAGAGCUUCUUGUGGUGCUCCAGCUCCAUCACCCAUGGGAGGAUCCGUAUUGGAUGAUCCCCAGUGACCCCCAUUGGGCAGAGCCCUGGUGAUCCAUGUUGGGAAGACACCUGGCUGGGGAGAGUCAGCAUCUUCCUGUCUCCCUGUGGGGACCUGGAUGAAUGCAGGAGUAGGAACAUCCAUCAGGAUGCAGACCAACAAUGGGAAUUCCUUGGCGAGGGUAGAUCUGUUGACUUGCAACCCGAAAAAGUCUUUUGCAUUCAGUCAUAUCUUCUGGUGGCAUCAAGGAAUACUGGAUGGUCUUGGAAGUCAUUUCCAACUUCUGUGAUUCCACAGUGUUAAUUUCUUACUGCCCAAGGGUGUCUUUCACAGCCAAACAGUGAUGAACUGGGUCAAAGACCAGUAGUUUACAGACAGUGGUGUGGAAACCCCUCCAAAAGAGGUUCUUCCCAUGCACCCAAGUAUGUGGACCUUCAGCCAGCACAGAUACUGGCCUUGAGGCCUUGAUUUGCUUUUCAUUUAUUUUUAUCUCUUUAAAAUAUCCAACUUUUGGUUUAAGAAUAAAGACACUGAACUAA